AUGACCUCUGCUAUCGAUAAAGGGAUUAACUCUCUCCUGAUUCUCUCUGACUCACAGACUCUCAUCAAGCUUCUAAAUUCAAAGGGGAGAAAUCUAGAGAUCGCAGGUGAGGCUCAAGUGUUUGUGGGUAUCAGCGACAACAAAAAAUGCAAAACAUUAUGCAAAAUCGCUGGAGAAACCGAGUAUAUUGAGGUGUUGGAUGCGUACGAGAGAGGGGACAAGUUCUAUCUCUACACUGGAAGAGGACCUUCUUCGGAAGCUUUGCAUUUAGGGCAUUUGAUUCCUUUCAUGUUUACCAAAUACUUGCAAGAGGCUUUCAAGGUUCCUCUGGUUAUACAGCUAACGGAUGAUGAGAAAUGCAUGUGGAAGAACUUGUCCGUUGAGGAAAGUCAGAGACUUGCUAGAGAAAAUGCUAAAGAUAUCAUUGCUUGUGGGUUUGAUGUCACAAAGACUUUCAUUUUCUCAGACUUUGACUAUGUUGGCGGUGCUUUCUAUAAGAACAUGCUGAAGGUUGCAAAGUGUGUAACACUUAAUAAGGCUAUGGGAAUCUUUGGCUUUUCUGGCGAAGAUCAUAUUGGAAAACUCAGUUUCCCUCCUGUGCAGGCAGUUCCAUCAUUUCCUAGCUCAUUCCCACACUUGUUCCCUGGCAAGGACAAGCUCCGUUGCUUGAUCCCUUGUGCAAUUGACCAGGUGUGCUGCCACCAGCAACAGAGUAUUGCUUCCACAAUCGAACAGUACUCGCCCUCACUCUCCACAUUGUCUUAA